GUAUGUUCGUUGUCGUUGUACUUCUGCACGCAACGCAACCUCAUACUCUCCUCCGUUCACGGUAGCCGCUUUGCAUUCGAAGCGAGUAAAACAAAAGAAACUGCCCCUUUGUCGAUGUUUGAAGAGGCCUUGCAGAAGGCGCCACGAGAGGAGCUCGUAGAGCACAUCCGGCUGCAAAGAGAGUUGAUACAGCGACUGCACCGACGCGUCAUUGAACUGGAGGCGGCACUGGAGCGUGCCUGCGUCACCUCCAAGAACACAAGAGAAGACGUGGACGGACCCUCUUCCAAUUCUCCGGUCAGGGACGUAACGACUGCUGUUAUUUUGAAAGAGCCACGACAGGCGCAAGCUGCCUCGAAGAACGGCAGAACAUCGGCCGCCAUCACGGCACCCGCCGCUCCUGGCUCACCACGAGCGCGGAAGCCCGCCUGGUCGUCGUCGACGUCGUUGUCCAAGUCGCGCAGCUCUUCGGCUUCUCCAUUGCCUACAGAAAAGCGCAUCGUCUCCGCAACCUCCAAAGGUUCUGCCAAUCCCCACGCAGAACACACGUCAACGGCAGCAGCACCCGAGCCACGCCGAGAGCCUCCAACUCCACACGUCGAAAGGCAUCUCGAUGCGGUGGCGCCGAGGCAGCAGCAUCAACAGCAGCCGAGCAUGGCUGUCGUGCCCGCCCCGCCAAUGGGCGCCGCAGCUUCGACCAACGCGCUGAUGAAAUCGUUGUCCUCCUCAUCGACGUUGUCAUCGCCCUCUGCAGACCACCCCACCGUGUUGGAAGGUAUAAAAGAAAUCAAUUACGUCCUCGCCGCCCACCGCGCGGGUCGACCUGCGUUGCCGCUCCCCGUCGUGGAAGAGUUGGAGGAGAUACGCGGCCGCCUUUUGCAAGGGUUUAAGCAAAUCUACUUCGGCGGGGGCGUAGCGGCGGAAAGAGACGGUGCACAUGAGGAAUCGGCUAAUUGGAUGGGAGACAAGCCGCCGCUGGACGACGCCGCGCACGCCCGCCUGCGCGUCAUGCGUGAGUCAUACGGAAACUCACGUGGGAAAGUGGAAGCGGACCGGGUGUGUCCGCGCUGGGUGUCUCCUGACUCCUCCCGUGUGGUGUAUGGUUCGUCGCCCUAUCGAAGGUGGUAA